AUGCCCACUGGUGAUAAUCUGGCCGAGCCGGUGGUGGGAGCCCAGCUUCGCGCCGAAGCCACAGAUGAGAAGCGGGCGUCCCCCCAGGCCGUUCAGAAACACGAAGCUGCUGUCCAGAAUAGCGUCGUCGCCCUAGGCGAUACACAGGAACUCGAUGAGACGUCCGUCCUACCGACGACCGAGGAGCUGGCCCUUCUGCGUCGUGUACCCAAUCACAUUCCACUGAAGCUCUUUACAAUCGCCUUUAUUGAGCUCUGCGAGCGCUUCUCGUACUAUGGAUCCACGGUCGUGUUUACCAACUUCAUCCAGCAACCUCUUCCCCCCGGCUCGACAACAGGCGCCGACCCAACGCAGCCCGGCGCCCUGGGGAUGGGUCAGCGCGCCUCGACAGGCAUCACCAUCUUCAACCAGUUCUGGCAAUACUUCAUGCCUCUGUUCGGCGCGUGGGUGGCCGACGCCAAAUGGGGGCGGUACAAGACCAUCAGCGCGGCCCUGGGAGUCAACCUCUUCGGCCACGUCAUCCUCAUUCUGUCGGCGAUCCCGCCCAUCAUCGUCCGCCAGGGCGCCUCGCUGGGUUGCCUGAUCACGGCCAUCAUCAUCAUCGGCUUUGGCACGGGUGGCUUCAAGCCCAACAUCAGCUGCCUCAUCGUGGAGCAGCUGGGCGAGCAGCGCAUGUUUGUGCGGACCCUCAAGAGCGGCGAGCGCGUCAUCGUCGACCCGGCCGUCACCACGGAGCGCAUCUACAACUGGUUCUACUUCUUCAUCAACGUCGGCGCCCUGGUCGGGCAGCUGACCAUGGUGUACGCCGAGAUGCACGUCGGCUUCUACCUGUCAUACACGCUCCCAACCAUCAUGCUGGGCUUCUGCCCGCUCGUCAUGUGGUGGGGGCGCCGGCGAUAUCUCCGUCGCGAGCCCGCCGGGUCGGUGCUCGUCCCGGCGCUGCGGACCUUCAUGCUCGCCCAGCGCGGCCGCUGGUCCAUCAACCCGUUCCAGACGCAUCGCAACCUCCACGACGGCACCUUCUGGGACUCGGUCAAGCCCUCGCGCUUCUCGCCCGACACCCGCCCGGCCUGGAUGACCUUUGACGACGCCUGGGUCGACGAGCUGCAACGCGGAUUCGCCGCCUGCGCCGCUGCUGUCCUCCAGCGUAACGGCAUCCCCAACGACGUACUUUCCAACCUCAACCCCUUCGCGCUCCUCAUCUUCAUCCCCCUCAACGACUUCUUCAUCUACCCGGCCCUGCGCAAAGCCGGCAUCCGCUUCACCCCUAUUCGCAAAAUCACCGCCGGCUUCUUCGUCGGCUCCGCAGCCAUGGUCUGGGCCGCCGUCGUCCAACACUACAUCUACCAGACAUCCCAGUGCGGCAGCUACGCGUCGGGCACCACCCUCGACGGCGCCGGCCAGACGGUCAAGUGCCCCGCCGUCGAGAUCAACGUGUGGGCCCAGACGGGCUCCUACGUGCUCAUCGCCCUCGCCGAGGUCUUUGCCUCCAUCACCUCCCUCGAGUACGCCUACUCCAAGGCCCCCAAGAACAUGCGCUCCAUGGUCCAGGCCGUCGCCCUGUUCAUGACCUCGUUUGCCGCCGCCAUCGGCCAGGCCUUUGUCAGCCUCGCGUCUGAUCCGCUGCUCGUCUGGAACUACGCUAUUGUGGCCAUCCUGGCCUUUGUCGCCGGCACCUGUUUCUAUUUCCAGUUUCGGAACUUGGAUGUCCACGAGGACGAGCUGAAUGAGUUGCCCGAGGGGCAGGUGGGCAAGGUUGACGCCGAGGCUCCUUUUGCGUUCAAGGAUGAGAAGAGUUAG